AUGACUACCGAAGGCUUAGAGCAAGCCGUCAGUACCAAUGGAUCAAAACUAUCCUCACCAGAGCAAGGCAGCUCGGAAAAUCCAACCAAUGGCGUGAAAGUGCCUAUAGUUGAGAGCGUGAAAGAAAAGAUCGAGCCGCUACUCAAGGAACCAAAGUUUGGUAAUUAUCCCACACCAACACUUAAGCUUGAACAGCGCCAUAUCGACGAACCGAGGCAACUAAGAGUUGCCGUCGUUGGCGCGGGAAUUUCAGGUGUGCUGGCUGGCAUAAUUCUUCCUCCAAAGGUUCCUAACCUGAAGUUGACUAUAUUCGAGAAAAAUGCCGACGUGGGCGGUACGUGGUUUGAAAACAUCUACCCAGGGGUCAGAUGUGACGUUCCGGCGCACGUCUACCAGACCAGCUUUUCACCAAACAUUAACUGGUCAGAGCAGUUCGCGCAGGGCCGCGAGAUCAGGGACUACUGGCAAGGGCUGGCGCGGAAGUACGAUGUGUACCAGUAUCUGAAAUUCUCCCAAAAGGUCGAAGAGCUGAGCUGGGACGAGAAGAAAUCCGUAUGGAACGUAAAAACGCAUAAUCUCAGCACGGGAGAGACGUCCAGUGAGGAGUUUGACUUUGUGCUGACUGCCAUCGGCCGCUUCAACGCCUGGAAGCUGCCCGAUUACCCUGGGAUAAAGGACUUCAAAGGUCUUCUUCGACAUGCCUCCAACUGGGAUCCCAAUUUCGACCCUGCAGGAAAACGAGUUGCGAUCAUCGGCAACGGGGCAAGCGGCAUACAGCUUACAGCCAACAUCCAGAAGCACGUCAAGCACCUAGACCACUAUGCCCGAAAUAAGACCUGGGUUACGGCAUCAUUCGCAGGCGAUGCCACUUCCAUCGAACCCAUCCCCAUAUCCCCCGAGCUCCGGGAGUCGUUCAAAGAUCCCAACGAAUACGUCAAGUGGAGAAAGGAGCUAGAAUCCAAAUACUGGCGGGGCUUCUCGAGCUGGCUCAAGGGAUCCGAGCUCAACGAAAAGUCUCGCGAGGAGUUCGCCGAGCUUAUGAGGAAACGCGUAGCCAGGAAGCCCGAACUCAUCGAUAGAAUCAUCCCCGACUUCUCGCCCCACUGCCGACGCCUCACGCCCGGACCCAACUACUUCGAGGCCAUCACGGAAGACAACGUGGACUACAUCCAGACGCCGAUAAAGCGCUUCACCGAAACCGGCAUCGAGACGACCGACGGCGCGCACCGGGAGGUGGACGCGAUAUUCUGCGCGACGGGCGCGAACAGGGACAUGGUGCCGCCGUUCAGCAUCCUGGCGCACGGCAGAGACCUGUCGAAGCUGUGGGAGCGGGACGGCGAGUACGGGUUCCCGUACACGUACCUCGGGGCGGGGACGCCGGGGUUCCCGAACCUGGGGUUCAUCCACGGGCCGCACGGGUCGGGGCGGUCGGGGACGGUGCCGCACAGCGUGGAGGUGCAGGUGACGUUCUACGCGAAGCUGCUGCGCAAGGUGGCGCGCGAGGGCAUCCGGACCGUGCAGCCGUCGAAAAAGGCGGCCGACGACUUCGUCCAGUACUCGGACGCCUUCUUCGCGACCACGGUGCUCUCGGAGAACUGCAGCUCCUGGUAUAACAGCGGGCGUCCGGGCAGCAGGAUACACGGGCUGUGGCCGGGCAGCGCGGCCCACGUGACGAUUGUUUACCGCGACCCGCGGUGGGAGGACUGGGAGUACGAGUACCUCUCCGACAGCGGCAAUAGGCUUGCUUGGUACUUCGGCGUCGGGUCGACGUUGAAGGAGCAGGAUUUAAGCGAGGAUAUCGUGCCGUAUAUUAGGGACCCGGCUACGAUCGACUUGCGGGAUUUGCACGAGAGCUGGUGGGAUCUGCCUUGA